CCCGGACAGCAGCCGUAGCAGCGGAGGGCGCGUGGCCCAGGUGGGCUGGAGUGGGGGAGUCGCGAAGGGCUCCCUGUCGUCGUCCGGGUCUCCGCCCCCCCCCCUCCCCGGGCCUUCUCCCCUCUGGGAUUCCCUUUCGCUUUGCGCACGAGCGCUGGCCGGAACCCCGGGGGAGGCGGGACGAGGCGGGCGCUGGCCGAAUUUGUUCAGAGAGCCGCCCCGGGACGCGCGGAGGGAGGCCCGCCCUUCCUCCCCACCCACCGAGCGGAGCAGCCCGUCGCCCAAGCAGGCAGCAGCGGGAGGGGCUCCGGGACUACGGGCAGCCAGGUCAAGCCAAGCGGGGGCGGGCGGGCGUCUCGUGGGCUCCGCUUCGCCUGGCUCCGCGCCUGGCGGCCGGGCUGGCACUGGCAGAAGGAGGGAAGCGGGCCGCUCGACGUUGUUGCCUCUUCCCGGCAGAGCCCGGCGCACUUUGUUCUCGACUCUCCGGAUGGCCGACGGCGGGACGGGCUUCGGGGGCCCCCGGAGGAAGCCCGGCCUCCUCCUCCUCCUCUCCGUCUUCCUCGCCUGCUCGCUUUGGCACAGUAAGUCUCCGCGGAGGAAAGCCGCUUCCCUCGGCAGCAAUAGGGAGAGUCCGGGCGCGGCCAGCCGAGCGGAGAGCGAGGCUCCCCAGGCCGUAGCAGUUGCGCACCCAGAGACUCCCCGAGGGGCGGCGAGGAUCCUGCCGAGGUUCAGCCGCCUGGAAGCUUUUCAAGGCUUGGGCGGGUUGCUUGCUUGGGUCAGGUUUCCACGAAGCAGGCGUGCCAAGUUGAAUACAAUAUUAGGGGGGGAGGGGGUUUAAGCCCCGCCCCAUAAUCGAUCACAUGAUGCUGUGCUCUCACACCAUUUGAAAGGCAAUGCCCAUCAACUCGGGGGAAGGAGAGAUCCAUCGGCCCCUAGGAUUUGACUCCUGUGCCAGGAGCAUUUCUGGCUCUAAUUCCUGGUAUUGUUGGUUGGUGAGGAGGUGUUUAAGAAGUUUUGCUGGGUCUGGGGUUGCCCUGGGUUUUACUACCAUACCCUUAGGACAGUCUUUGCAGCUUUUGAAUCUCUACAAUAAGCCAGGCACCCACCACACAUACCCCAUUUAUCCUCCUGUCUCAAUACACAGGCUAGGUUCCUCCUGCCAUCAUCAGUAAGUGUCCAGCGGGUGGGGGGGGGGGCUCGGUGGUCGGCCCAUAUUUUCUACACCAGAGGUCAGCAAACUUUUUCAACAGGUCCACUGUCCCUCAGACCAUGCGGGGGACCGGACUAUAUUUUGGGGAGGGGAGAACGAAUUCCUAUGGCCUACAAAUAACCCAGAUUUUUUUUUAAAAAGACACAUUCUACUCAUGUAAAAACACGCUGAUGCCCGGACCGUCCGUGGGCCGAAUUUAGAAGGCAAUUGGGCCGGAUCCAGCCCCCGGGCCUUAGUUUACCUACCCAUGAUUUACAUGGACUAUAAGCACUUGCCUUCCAGGGUUUCAGGCAAGGUUUCUCCAGCCCUCCCUGGAAAUGCUGCCAUUUGGGAUUGAACCUUGACCUUCUGCAUGCAUAGCAGGUGCUCUGUCCCUGAGCGAAGGCUUUCCCAGUGGGGUGCAGGUAGAGGUGGAGCGGUUUGCCAGCCAGGCCAUGGAGCCCAGCUGUUAGCUGUGAUUCCUGCACUGUAGGCAGGUGGGCUAGGUGGGGUCACUAGCAACCCUACAAUUCUGUGAUUCUAUUGCUUUUCUUGAGUCUGUGAGUUUUCCAUCUGUCUUCCCCCUGUUUGCAUCAGGAGAGCCUUCCUACUUCUCUUUAGUAGUGCAACAGUUUAAUUUUUACGGUAUAUUGGGCAGAUGUUUUUUCUCCCCCUCCCUCCUUAACAGGUGAAUGUCCAAGGAUGUUGGAAGACAAAAAUAAGGUCUUCCCCACACAUUUAAAACAUUAUGGGACUCACUUCCACAAGAGGCAGUGAUGGCUUCUCACUUGGGCGACUUAGACAGGAUGAGACAAAUCCACAGUAGAGGUGGAGGAGAGGUCUCCCAAUAGCUACUAGCCAUGAUGAUGGUUUUACCUCCAGUGUCAGAGGCAGUAAAUGCCUCUGAAUAAUGCCACUUACUGGAAACAGCAGUGGGGGGAGUGUUGGUUUAUUCAGCUCCGGCCCUCGAGCUGAUACGGCUCAUCUUGAUCCUGAGCCCAGCAGAGUAAAAUCCCAGUGUCCACAAACGAAAGGAUGAAGCAGGUAUUGCUACAUUGCUAAGCUUUAUUUCUAAGCUAUACCGAGAACACACAAAUGUACAUCUUGCCUCUGUGAGAGCAGAGAGCAACUCCCAACAAACGAAACGACAGAACAAAGAAACAGGAAACCAGUGAACAUCACAUCCAGUCUCCCUUUCCCAUAGGAACCCAACAGUAACUUAACUGUGGAAUGAAAACAAAGUCCCAUGACUUGCAGCAGCUGCUCAGUGAGGGAAACAGAAACUAACAGGGAGUUGCCCUGUUUGUGAGCAUCUUCCCUUUGGGGCACCUGGUUGGCCACCAUGAGGACAGGAGGCAGAGUGGUCCUUCCUCGUGGCUGCUUCCAUGUUGAGGGAGUCGACUAGGUCUGCCCUGAGAUUUCACGGGAUGGGGAGUGAGAGAGAGAGUUUCCCCGAGUCAGUGUAGGAAUGUGGCUGGGUUGGCAAGAAGGGGCUCCCUCUCCCUUGGGGGACAGAUGCCACCCAUCUCCCCUCACCUCCUGGGGAGCAUCUAGUCUGUUUCAUUUCUUCGUGGCUUUUCUGCUGAAGAUGAAAAGGGAAGUUUGGUCCCUCUGCUGUUUUUGAGGAACCGAAACUAGAGGCGAAGCUGCCUUGUGCGUGUUUGAUAGGAAAAUAAACAUCCGGAGAGUUGCGCAAGUUGAGCUGGAGAUGUCCUGGCUCAGCCUGGAGCAGAGAGGUCAAUGGGGCCAUGUUGCUGUAGGAACACCAGGAGCAGGAGAAGUGGUGCAAGGAAGCAGACUGUGGCAAAGAUGCCAUCUUCCAAGCUGUAAUCCUGCCUGAGCAUUUCGCAGCAAGUUCCAGCAGGGGGAACCACUUAGUCUGUUGCAGGAAGAAGAAGAAAUAGUUUCUUGUUGGCCUAAGGCCCUAAGCUUUGGAAUGAUAGACCUUUCAGUCUUCAAGUUGCUACAGAACUCAGUGGGAAUUGUUUCUGUGUAGACAUGCCCAGGAUUGCACUGUGAGAAGCAGAGGAGUGGCUUGGGUGGCGGAAAAGUAGAACAACCCUGCUAGAAAUUUUAGACAGGUAAGCAGCAGCAGAUAAGGAGACGAGAUAGGGAAGUUUUAUUUUCUCUCUCAUAAUGCUAAAAGUCAAGGACACCUAGUGAUGCUUAAUGUUGGAAGAUUCAGAACAGACACGGAAACGCUUCCAAAACUCAGUUGCAGGAAACCACAGGAGGUGGGGAGUCUCUUGCGCUUGAAUCCCACUUGCAGGCUUCCCACUGGGGCAUCUGGUCAUUCACUGAGAGAACAGGAUGCUGGACUAGAUGGGCCCCUUUGGCCUGAUCCAGCGGCAGGGCUACUUUCAUGUUCUUAGGAGAGCAUUAUAAAUGGUGAGGUGAGCAGCCCAAAGCACUUGGAGGAGGAAAAAGAAGCAGCAGUCAGCUGAGGUCCAGCGCCGAGGGCCUUCUGGCGGUUCCCUUACUGCGAGAUGCCAAGUUAUAGGGAACCAGGCAGAGGGCCUUCUCGGUAGUGGUGCCUGCCCUGUGGAACGCCCUCCCACCAGAUGUCAAAGAGAAAAACAACUACCAAACUUUUAGAAGACAUCUGAAGGCAGCCCUGUUUAGGGAAGCUUUUAAUGUUUAAUAGGUUAUUGUAUUUUAGUGUUUUGUUGGAAGCUGCCCAGAGUGGCUGGGGAAACCCAGCCAGAUGGGCGGGGUAUAAAUAAAUUAUUAUUGUUGUUGUUGUUGUUAGAAUUUAAGGCUUGGAAGGUCUUUUUCUAAGGCUUUUCCAGACUAACACACAAUGGCACCUUGGAGGGCUGGAGUGGGGCUUUGCAGAGGUUUCUUCUGGGUAGGCCUGUGUUGGAUUCUUCCUCCGAAUAAGUAAGUUUCGUUCAGGAAAACGCCUUCCUCUGAAAACUGCACAACAGCUGGUGUCAGCCUGGCACUCAAGCAAACUCUUCUGUUUCUUCCUAGCCGUGUCUUCAAAGGACAUCCAGCCAAGUUGCCUCACAGACUAUGAAUCCGAAGUGGUUUGUCACUGGGAAGUGGAUGCUUCCACCGACUGCCCCAAGGAGUUCCUCCUGCGUGUUGCAACAACUAGUACAGUUUAUGGCCCAGGGUAGGUCAUGCUGUGAAACAUGUGAACUGCCCCCAGAUCUCUUUCCUCUGUCGGGUGUUUUCGGGGCUGCUGUUACCCUCCUGAAAGCUUAUCAGGGUAAGGUAAUAAUAAUAUAAAAAGUGAGAGAAAUUAAAAGAAGUGACAUUAACAUUGUUGGGCCUCGCUCAGCAUUACUUGUGCCACAGUGCUUCUCUUACAGAGAAGGAGGCCCUUAACAUAUGGCAGGUAAAUAUAAAGGCCUCGCCAUCCUGGGGACUGUAGUCUGAGGGCCUGGACUGCCAGCCCUGGUGGCUACUGAUAUCAGGGCUGCAGAAUGCAUCUGUGGUGGCUUCGCCUUCUCUGAGACACCCUGGGAGGAGUAGCCAGCCCAAACCUUUUCCCGAAAAUGGAUGCGGGUUCUUUACAAAAUGUCUCUGGGAGCUGAGUUGCAGUCACUUUGAGAUUUCCAAACCGAGAAUAAGAAAUGCUGGGUCCAAAAGGUUUCUCAUUAUACUUUUCAUUGGAUCAUUAGUUGUUGGAGAGCUUUCAAGGUGCAUAGAUUUUUCCCCUCUUGCACGCUUGCAACCUUUCUGGGGGGGAUCAGGGGAAUCCACAGCCUGGUGCAGCUGGAAGCAUUGCAAAGCCCCUCUCUCACUUGGACUGAGCUUUCCCAAAUCGAGGCUCUGGCAGAAAUAAUCCAAGUGUUGUCUACUUUGAAAACAUCUUUUAACUCUUGCCAUUGUUCCAGGGAAUCAUGGGAAUGUUCUCCUAAGAACAAGAGAGGACUGGAUGUGACCCCCAAGUGCACUUGCACCAUUCAGUCUGAAGUACUGCAUAACUACAAGUAUCAUUUCUCACUGGAGGCCAACGAGAAGGAGAUCUGGAAGAUGACGAGUGACCCUGAUGACAUUGGUAAGGGAUCCUUUGGUCUGGCAGACCCUCCUUGCGCAUUCCUGGGGGCUGCUCUGAAGAACAAGACAAGAGGAGCAGGGUGGGAAGGGAGGGUUUGUCUUCAUGAUUAGCACCAAUCAAUGCUCAGGGACCUUCCUUAGCCCCCCUGCAUCCAUCUUAGUACAUUAGGCAAAGCAACCACCUUGAAUGGUGGCAGGUUUAUUCUUCAGGUGCCUGGAGGGGGAUACUCCAGUUUGGAAGAGGUUGAUGGAGAGAGAAAAAAUGGCUGCCUAGAAGAGCAAAAACUACUCCCAGGAACUGGUUGAAGAGCUUAGGAGAAGCCUCAGAAUUCAAGAAAGCAGGGCAAUAUGUGGCAACUGUGGAAAACCCCAAUGGAUUGAGGGGUUUGCCUCUGUAUGCAUGUUGGGGGUCACCUGGAAUGGACACAGCCUGCUACUUGCCCACACCUGCUGGCCGCCUGUUUCUCUAUAGCCACAUCAAAGCCACAGGGUGCUUUCCUACACGGUAACAUAAGAACAACUCAUCGAGCAUUUGAAAUUUGCCAGAUGCAUUUUGCCUUGGAUCUUCUCUGUUUUACACACUAACAGCACACCCUUUAGAACUGUAUCUGUGAUAUUUUAUCUGCACGAUCAGAACAAAUUUUGGGGACCAAGCUGCUUGGCCCCAGAAUGCCAACUAGACGUUCUGUUUUCAUGACUGUAACCCUGGUUUAAGGAGCCUUUUGGUACCUAGCUUAUAUAUCUGAGUUUCUAACACGGAAAACAUCCUGUUAAUGUGUGACACAACAUUGCCAUGAGACUGUAUGGUGCGAAGCAGCAGCAAGAAGAAAUUAAGAGAAGGAGGUGGCAGUGUGUGUCUGUCCUUCCAGGGAGAAGGACCUGCUGCUUUGACCUUCCCCUCCUUCCAAACCAGAGGCCCACGUUAGCUGCUCUGUGUGGGGAGCAGGCGCAUUCCCCAACCUCUUUUGCCUCCCCACAUCUUUCUCUUUGUUGAUUUCUUCCCAAAUGCAGUAAAACCCCGACUGCUUGUCAACCUGACUGUUGACAGGAAGGAUGACUCGUACAUCUUCACCUGGGCAGAUGACUAUGAAGAAGGGAACGUUCUUCACCAAAAUCCAGGAACAGUAUAUGAAGUUGCUUAUUGGCCUAUAAACCAGACGGACAAGGUAGGUACACCUUCCCAGUGUGCUCCUCCCUGUACGAUCACCUGAAAUAGUGCUGCAAGUUUAUUGUUGUUAAUUAAUUACAUUCAUAUCCAACCCUUCCUCCCAAAGGGAACUCAAGGUGGCAGGCUCAUCCAUGUUUAAAAAUGCCAUUAAGUCUAAAAUUAAAAAUACUAAAACAAUCACAUACACUGGGGGGGGGACUUUCUAUGUCCUGAGCAGAGGUUGAGGUGUUGGGACCCCUGAAAGCCUCAGAAUGGCCCUGUCCCCGCCCCCCCUGCUCUGCCCCAUGCCAGUUGACAUGGCAUAUUCCUGCCCUUCCUUAACACUUUCCUUGGGCAGCUCUGUAGAUCCAGCGAACUGCAGGCCCAAAAGCCUUUAGAUGUAUUUGGCAAAUGAUUGUAUGCCCCUCACCAGGGGGGCACACAAGAGCAGUGGGAUGGCUUGAGAUCAGGGCCACCAGCCCCCAAGGCUUUGGAUCACAGAACCUAGGGGAAGGGAGGCAGAUGCGGCCCUCCAGGCCUCUUUCAUCUGGCCCUGGGGUUCUGUCCAGGCCAGGCCUCCCCCACCUCAGUCCUGUUCCACACACUCCUAGUGCUUUGACUGGGCUGAAUUGCAUCUCGUGCUUGCUUGCCUGGAUGGAGGAAUGAGCCCAGCCCUGGGUCCCUGGCUGUGGCUGUCUCCCCCCCGCCCCCCCGCGCCGCCCCUCAGGUGGGAAAUGGCCAGGCUCAGCAGGGAGGGAAGGAGAUCCUUCUGCCCUGGAGCCUUCUGUCAUUUGGUCUCAAGCCCCUUGACUUCAUCUACAAAGCUUCCAUUGCAGCUUGUCUUGAAACAGGUCUCUGAAAUUAAUUCCCUUGUCCAUUGUCACAUAAGAGUCCAAAAGCUUUUCUACCACAUCCCAAAAUGAUCUUCCUCCAUAGAAAGUUGGGAAAGAGAAGAAUUCCACUCACCAGAAGAACCCCCUCCCAGUGUUUCACAUAAUGUAAACCUGUUUGCUUUUGUUUCCCCCCUCCCAAAGUUACACAAACACACUACGCACAGCUGUCAUUAUAAAAUCUUCGAUGAUAACCUCAUGCCAGGAACCACCUAUAUUGCAAAAGUGCGGCAGAGAACUGAAUCGUUCGGGGACAUCUGGAGUGACUGGAGUGCUGAGUACACAUGGAAAAAUGGUAAGUGCUUAGGGCAGGGGCUGCGCAAGGCACCUGUUUAUUAUUAACAAUCUGUUGGCAUCUCAGUUGGCAUCCCUGCGUGUUCUGGGCUCCACAUUGUGGGCUCUCUCUUUUCUGGAUUCUGUAAACCUUCUGGAUUUGUGAAAUACUCCCACCCCACCUGCAGGAACGUUUGUGCGCCAUCCAGCCCCUUUGAGUGAGCGACAGCAUUUCUCCCGCAUUGCUGAGGUCUUGCAUUUCCAGUCAAGCUGGACAUCGAAUUAAACUGCAGGCCUCUCACUUAUUUCAUCACAAUUUUCUUCUGUAGACGGUACCUCUUUCUGAAGACUAAGGCACAUGAUACUAGUCAUUUGGAAGACUUGUUUUGGUAGAAGAAGGUAGCACAAUGUUCUGCAUGAAAAUGCACUAAGCGAUCAGUGGCACAACACAGGCGGAGAGGCAGGGGGCAGUCGCAGUUUGCCAGGCUAGAGACAAAUAACUGGAAAGACCUUCUAGAUUCCACAGUGACUUUGAUUGCUUGCCCUGGGUAGGCUUGCUAAAAGCAGCUCUGCUGCAGACCCCUGGGUGAAGUUAGCAGGUUCAGUGUGGUGCCACAGCACAUCAGGCCCCGCUACCACCAGUGCUCCCUCUUCCUGCAUCAAGCUCAUUAUCUGCUGGUUUUUCUCUGCAUAUAACUUCACGGUAUACUGCCUGUAGCUGUAUUUGUGCUUCUUCCACCUCCUCUUCUCUCCUCUCUUUUCUUCUCCUUGCCUGUUGUCUUUUCCUUGGUCUAAGGUGAGAUGAUAAACUACCUGGGACAGAGACCUACCUUCUUGCUUCUCUUGGUCUGUGUGCGGUGAUGGUGCUACAUGAAUAAUAAGCAGUACAAAUUCUGUCCGCCCCUUACCUUGGUGGUGCUGGGUGACCCAAGGACCUCUUUCCCCAGCCCAAGGUAAGUCUGGCUGAAGGGAAACCAGCUUGAUACUGCAGGAGGGGGUUAAAGGUUAGAUUAGCUUGUACAGGAGAAACCAAACACACGAGGCAUUAAAUGUGCCUGUCGGCGCCCAUCCCCACAUCCCAAUUUGGGAAACUCCUUUGCCAAAAGAAGGACUUGGAAGGCUUCAAUUCCCCUAACAUAUAGAGAGACAAGCUAAAACCAACAAAUAAACCUCACCGCAUCCCUACAAGGCAAUAGGCAAAUAAAAACCCUAAGGAGAAAUACUGCAAAUCACCUGAAAUUCUUUCCAGCUGUGUGAGUUGGGCUCCUUUGUCAACUGAGGCUUCUGGGCGUUGAGCCUGAUCUUGUGCCCCCUUUCCAGGUGGGUGGGUGCCUGUCUGCCAGCCAGCCAGCCAGCCUACCUCCCACAGGUAUCAGGGUGAAUUGUAUGCCCAGAUAACCAAAAUGCUUCUUGCCUUCCAGACACUGAGCCAAGGCCUGGCUCUAUCCUCUGGAUUUUCAUCCCUUUGCUGUGUGUGUUCAUCAUGGCCCUGGCUACCUUCAGCUUCUUCUGCGUCACCAGGUAGGUCUUGGGUGCCUUGCAAGGUGUUGUCUCCAGGGCUGCCCUUUGCCCACAGCAAAACAAAUUAAAAAAUGGUCACUUCUGCUUGAAGGUUGCAGGCCUUGUUGGCAGAGGCAUUUUCCUGCAACCCUGACAGGAAAGGAAGAGGAAAGUGGCCCCUGUCCCUUCUGAGUCUUCUCCUCAUCCUCCUUCCAGCCAAACAGUCUUCCUCAGCUCUCUCACGUGGUGUUUUUAACCAUGCAUUUGGCUGCUAGUCACCUCGGAAGGGGGAAGAUUGGUUCCUGAUGUUCGGAGGGGAGGCAGCCCUUGCAGAGCCCUGUCUCUCCCUUUCUGAGGGCUGGGAAGGACUAACGGGUGGCGCUUUCUUGCUUUGCAGGGUGAAGAAGGGAUGGUGGGACCAGAUUCCAAACCCCGCCAAGAGCAAAGUGGCCGCUGGUGUGACAGCAGCGGUGGUGCCAUUCGGAAACAUGGGCCUUGAGCACCCUGUGCAUAUUCACAGCUGCAUUGCAUCUGCCAAGCCAGAAACUCAGAAAGAGGAAGACUGCCAGGUCCCUCAUGAAGACGCCGUGGCCAAGCUCUUCAGGGACCUUCUCAGUGGGGACCUGAGCAGUGGGGGCACCGGUAUCCUGGACGAGCACCCCCUUCUCAAGGACCAGGCUCUGGGGCACAUGCAGAGUGCUUUUUCCUUUUCUCAAGAUGCACCGCUGGACAAGCGCCGUGGUGUUUCGGAGACCUCUUCCGAACCUGUCUAUCAGAACACCAGCACAGAGACAGUGGCUUCGUCCCAGCCAGGCAGUGCUGCCCUGGAACUGCCCCUCAGCCACAGCCUCUUCUCCCCAGAGGCACAACCUGUCACCACGGACAGACUCUGUCUGCAAGGGGGGGGUGGCGGCAGCACAGCCGCCCCCCAGCCCUCGGGCUACAAGUGUUUCAGCAGCCUGGUGGCGGAGCCUAUGGCCGGCUUCAGCCAGGUCUGUGAGGAGGAGCAAGAGGAGUUUUCUCCUUUCAGGGACCAAAUCCAGCCAUUCAGCCAUGACUCAGGGCCUUGCCUUGCACCUGUGACUGGCAGCCUGCACCCUUCUUUCCAGGGUGUCUUCCCAGAAGCCCAAGACUCGCUUUGCUUUUCCUCCUGUAUGGCGGCUGCAGAGCAAGAGGCGAGGCCAGGCAGCCCCUCCCAGCAUGCCCCAGGGAAGUCUGGCCCCUGCCCAGCAGCCUCCCUCCUGGCUGGUUACCGCUCCUUCAGCUCAGCUCUCCAGGAAGGCACAGCCCCCCAGGGCAAGAGUGGCAGCGCUGGUUGCGGCCUAGAUGGGCAGUCCCCUUACAAACCCUUGCUCAGCAUUGUCCAGGACAGCCCCGCAGCAGCCACUGGGGUGAGCAGGGUCCUCUUUCACCCUGGCUGGGGGGCUCAGGAGGUAAGAGACCCGGCCUGGGCAAGUGCACCCUGCGGGGCGGACCUUGAUAUGCAACAGGUGGCUUCCGAUGGAUGCUUUAGGGAAGAUGUGGCCAGGGACAAAGGCCUUUCAUACCCCUGAGGCCCCUUGUACCUCCUUAAUUCCGCCUGAACCAGGCAGUGACCUCCUCCAGGUAGAAUUCUCCCUAAAUCCAGAGAUCCGCUAUGCUGUAAAUAGGAAAGCAGCAGCAACCGCAUAUAGGGUUUGGGGGUUCAGGGAGGAGGAGCUAUGGGACUGCAGUCAGAGGAGGAGGAUGUAUGGGAGAGGGAAUUAAAGGAGGGACAAAAGGUGUUCACCAUCCCCUUUAAGCCCAGGUAGGGAAGGGCCCUUAUUACCAACAGAGGGCUAAGCCAAAGGCCAGCAAGGAGAGGCACUUUCCUGCUUGUAGACCUGCAUCUGUGUGGAAACUCUGAGGACAAUUUGCUGGACUCAAGGGGCUGCGUUUGGCACUUCUUACAUGAAUGGGACCUUCAGGGGGAUGGGUGCUUUCUUGACCCAGAUUGGGCUGGGGGCUGGAGCACCAGUUGUUCUUGGGCUCAAGUUACUGGACAGUGACCUGCAAUGGAUUCCACACUGCCUGUCAAGUGUUUCGGUUCUGCCUGCUGACAGGCUCUGAAUCCAGCAAGUGGCCAGCUUUUGCUCAGGCACUGCCUUGGUUUUUGCAGAGAACAGUCUGCCUGCCUGCCUUUUGUUGCUGCUUCUGUACAGGUAAGGAGGUCUUGCUUCAUAUAUCCAUAGCAAGCAACAAGGUCUCUGCAUGGUGGUAUGACUUCCUGUGCCCUCUGCCGGAGAUCAGAUAAGAGGAGGGGAAGCAGGCUGAAUAAAGGGACACUCUGGGACUGCUUUUGGUGAUGGGGAUGCCAGGAAGUAUCGCCAAGUGACUGAGACAACACUAUUCUAGCAUUAAAGUUUUUUAUCCAUAUGAUCCAGCUUUAUUGCACUUAUUCCACUCAAGGUGUGAUAAUAGGCAGGAUGGCAUUUCCAAAAGGAGGAAAAGAAGCUUGCCGCUUGCAUGGGGAAGGACCUGUCAUGGACCCCCCAUGGAGGCUGAGGCUGCUGCUCCCAGCUGGCAAAGAGAAGACUGUGUGGCUGUGGGCAGCCUAGAUGGACCAUUCUGGCAUCAUAGUGCGCCCGCGUCUCACAGGUACUUGUAGAAUGAAAGGCUUCUGAGAAGAUGAGAAGCUAUCCAGGCGAAUGGAAGCUUCACAAGAAAGGAAGUGGUUAGAAACAUUCAAGUACAGAACCUGAAUGUUGAAGCACAUUUGCAUAAAUCUGCAUAACCUUUUAAAUGUAUGAGUGCAGAUUCCUGCCAGCUCUCAGCCUCUUGCUGCUGGCUUACUGAGCCACGGGGUGCAGCCAGGAUUUGAUAGGCACAGUAGGCUGUGUGUGGAUUGGACCCUCUGAAGGUUGAAGCAAAAGUUUAGUUACCUGCCAAUUAAGAUGCAUGACUUGAACUGUGCAAUAUAAAAUUUUUCGUACCUCCAUUGCUGGGGAUCUGAGUGAUUUGAGGUCCCUGCCAUACUACACCUCCGUGGAGGCAGGAUCUGUCUUCCUCAGCUGACCCCCUUAUCUUAAAGGCUCCUCAAAGAGCUCCCAGAUGGCCUUGCAGUGACUCUUGGACACAAGGGGGCAGCAGUCCUCCAGGGAGCUCUAAGCCUGCUGGCCCCCAGCUCACCAUCUUCCAUCAGGCCACAGAGGACCUUAAACCCACACCAGCCAGCUGCGCCCAGCAGCAGCAGCACCCCACUCUUGUCCUUGGCUAAACCCUAGAAUGAGAAAGGGCCCUUGCCCAGCGCAUUAGUUUGGUGCCCUGCUGCUCGGCAUGAAUUGUGUUCAAUUCCCAAAGUGCCACUCCUCCCCUUCACUGGGUUGGUGAGCAAAAUGCGCAGCACAGCAUGCAGCAGAUGUGGAAAGCCCCCAGCUGAUUCGCAGAAGAGAACUUGACUCCAGGAAGAGCCUGCUUUGCAUGAAGUUGGGAGGUGACUAUUGAACUAGUGGGCGGGCAGGCAGCUGGUAGCAACCCUGGGCCUUCCGUAGCAGCCCACGCUCCACACUUCUGCUAUUUCUGCCCUUUGUUCCAGCCCCACCCAGUUAUAUGCUGGAUGGUAAGAAACCUGCCGUCC